AUGAUCUCUGCAAUGCGUACUUUGGUCAACUUGGACAAGACGGCAGCCAACGGUCCCUCAACGCUGCCAUCGAAGGAAACCGUGCGUGAAGCAAUCGCCGAUUAUGUUCUGACACUUCAGCCAAAACUCAGAAACCUCAACACUUUUAUACAUGAGAACCCGGAGUUGGCCUACAAGGAGCACAAGGCCCAUGAUUCUAUCUGUGAUCUCUUGGGGUACCUUGGCUAUGAAGUGAAGAGACAUGCUUACAGCAUAGAAACAUCAUUCGAAGUCAUUCAUGGGAAGGGCGGAAGGAUUGUCAAUUUUAACGCCGAGUACGAUGCACUCCCAGGGCUGGGGCAUGCCUGUGGCCAUAACCUCAUUGCGACAGCCAGCGUGACUGGAUUCCUUGCUCUCGCACACGUACUGGAGAAGUUUGGGAUUAACGGACGUGUCCAGCUCCUUGGUACACCAGCCGAGGAGGAUGGGGGCGGGAAGAUUGCUCUUCUCAAUGCUGGUGCGUAUGAGAAAGUGGACGUUUCGCUCAUGAUGCAUCCAAUGUCAGAUCAUGAGUACAUAGAGAGAGGCUUCUUGGGCACUGCAGGAUUCUCGAAUGUCGCGUCUUACAGCUUGGAAGGUAUCUAUCACGGUGUCAGCGCGCAUGCUGGAGCCACACCGUGGGAGGGCAUCAACGCUCUCGACGCUCUGGUAUCGGCCUAUCUCAAUGUGUCUAUGCUGAGGCAGCAGAUAUUGCCUUCGGAAAGAAUUCAUGGCGCCAUCGUUGAAGCACCCAAACCCUCGUCAAACGCGAUACCAGCGCUCACAAAAACAGAGUACACGGCCAGAAGCCCUACAAUUCGAGGUGCGAAAGACCUUGCCGGUAGGAUCCGUCAGUGCUUGGAGGCUGGCGCGCUCGCCACGGGUUGCAAGCUGGAAGUAGAGGAUAAGCCUGGGUACGCGGAUCUGCGCAUCAACGACGCGUUGUGCAGCUCAUUUCAGCAACAUAUAGCUGCCAACGGUAUCAAAGUAAUGAAGUCCGAUGGGCCCGUUGCUGCGGCUACAGACCAAGGCAAUGUUUCUUAUGCUGUUCCAGCUCUUCACGCUGUUAUCGGAAUCCCUGCAGAUGAUGGAUCUAAGAACCAUACGGCUGGAUUCACGAAGGCUGCAGGAACUGCUGUCGCGUAUGAGAGGACGAUACUGUCUGGAAAGGCGAUGGCUAUGACGGGAUGGGAUGUGUUAACUAACGACGAGUUCUUUGAUGAAGUGAGGGGGUACUUUGAGAGAGAUCAGAAGAAGCGAUAA